UUGUAUCCGAAAGAGAAAAAGUAUGAGAGAUUUCACAUUUGAAGUUUCUCAUCUUUCACAUCGAGAGCUAGUGGCUAGCAGGUGCAGUGCACAUCUAAUCUAGCGCACCAACUAUUUCCACCAAUUUUGGUCAACUUUCUCCCCAUUCUUUUUUUUUUGUUUAAAGCUCUCACCCCGUAAGACAAGGCAGUUUUCUCCCUCCUCAUUUCUCUUUCCCUCGUUCCAAUUCCUUUUGCAGCAUCUACAGCCUCUCAUUUUUUCACCGUGUAUUUUCUUCCUUUUGAUUACUGAAAAUAUCAGAAAUUGCAACAGAAAAAUUGGGCCUCUUCCUUAAAAUAGUACAAACUACUCAACGCAUCUGUCACUCCCAACCGACAAUGCUGCAAAGUAGCUUGUGAAGGAUUAGCAAGAUAGAACAUUUUUGCAUCUCCAAGUCAGAGAGAUACACAAAAUCCAAAGGUUCAAAUAUGCAAAACCUCCUUUUUCUUUGCCUAACAAUUAUUUGCCUCUCCCUGUUUCACUUUCACACAAACAAUAUCCUUGUUCAAGCCCUCACUUCAGCCUCAGACAUUGCAACACUCAAAGCCUUCAAAGCCUCAAUCAAACCCUCUUCCAUAACACCCUGGUCAUGUCUAGCAUCUUGGAACUUCACCAUUGAUCCCUGCUCAGUCCCUCGCCGCACAUACUUCAUCUGCGGCUUCACCUGCACACAUGACUCAACCCGGAUCAACCAAAUCACACUCGACCCAGCAGGCUACUCAGGCUCACUCACCCCACUUAUCUCUCAACUCACCAACCUUACCACACUAGACCUUUCCGAUAACUCCUUCUAUGGCCCAAUCCCCUCUUCACUUUCUUCCCUUUCCAACCUCCAAACCUUAACCCUCCGAUCCAAUUCCUUCACAGGUUCUAUCCCUCUCUCCAUAACCACCAUCAAGUCCCUCGAAUCUUUGGACCUUUCACACAAUUCCUUAUCUGGGUCUCUCCCAAAUUCCAUGAAUUCCCUCAGCAACCUUCGCAGAAUCGAUCUGAGUUUCAACAAAUUAACUGGUUCACUCCCCAAACUGCCACCCAACUUGCUAGAACUUGCACUCAAGGCCAAUUCUUUAUCUGGGACUCUCCAAAAAUCAAGCUUCGAGGGGUUGAACCAAUUGGAAGUGGUGGAACUCAGCGAGAACGCACUCGCCGGGAAGCUUGAAUCUUGGUUCUUCCUCUUGCCCUCGCUGCAGCAAGUGGAUUUGGCCAACAACAGCUUCACGGGCAUUCAGAUCUCGAGACCCGUCGGUUAUGGAGGAAGUAACCUCGUGGCACUGAACCUCGGAUUUAACAAAAUCCAAGAUUACGCGCCCGCGAAUCUCGCUGCGUAUCCGAUGCUGUCGUUCCUGUCGAUUCGUUACAACUUGCUACGUGGCACGAUCCCAUUGGAGUACGGCCAGAGCAAGUCCCUGAAGAAGUUGUUCUUGGAUGGGAACUUCCUCAUCGGGAAGCCGCCGGCAGGGUUGUUCGCUGCCGGCGCGACGGUUUCCGGCAGCUUGGGGGACAAUUGCCUGCAGGGUUGUCCAGUGUCCUCACAGCUGUGCACGCCUGCACAGAAACCCAGCUCUUUUUGCAAGUAAGGCCAUAGUGUGUCGGUGUAAGAAUAUAUAUAAAUUUCCACU